AUGGCUCGAAGCGCAACUGUUGCACCUGAAAUAUGUAUUAUUGAACCAACAAUAACAUCAACAACUGGAGUUGAGGAACCAAUAAAGAAGCCAAAAAAGCCAAGGUCUCCCUGCGUCCAAAGAUUGAUCUUUAUUGCUCGCACGAUUUUCUUCAUCCUUGCUCUUACAAGUGGUGGUUUGGCACUGAGCUAUUGGUGUGAAAAAGGAGCAUUUUCAAAAAAAUCAAAGCGGUGA